CGCAAUUCUCUCGAGGAAAGUCAUCAAUUACAACAACACUCAUUUCUCACAUACUGAAGCGACAAUUGCAGCAAGAUCCUCCCAUAUCGCCGUACAUCACCGCCCAACGAUUGCCCGACGAGCUCCAACUUCCGCUAAGGCUUCGGCCUCUAGCUAUCAAUCAUGGCGCCCGCCGUUGAACGAGCCGUCGAAGACACCAUUUCCGACAUCAACGUCUCUUCGCUCGAGCUAGACGUUCGUAGUCUAUCGUCUCUUCAACGCCGAUCCGCCGACAUCCAUACUCCUCCUCUCGAACCCGCCCGCGACGCAUCGCCUCUCCAAGCCAGAUCCCUAGAUCUCGUCAAGAGAGCAGGCCCUGCUGCUCCACAACAUGGCGCAGGUGUGACACCUCCUGAAAGUAUUAACAAUGCCGGCUUUUUCGCACUCUUCGCCAUCCUCGGAGUGGGCAUGGUGCUCGCGGCGUUGUGGUUCUUCUUCUGGGCUAAGAACGGAGGCUUCCACUUCCAAGAGGGCGACUGGGACGACUACAAAUCCACCGUGCUCCGGCGAAAGGGACCAGACGGCAAGACGUUGAGUAAUGCCACCAAGAGUACGAAGCUCGGUGGAGGAACCAUCGCAGGCACCCAACGCUACGCCUGGCAGAAGAACAUCGCCAAGUCCGUGGUCGGACGAGAUGAGAAGGGCAGAAAGGGCGUCCUCGCCAAACGAGGAUGGGGUAAUACGCACAGUAUCACCUACUCUGACGACACCAUGACCGAGACAUUUGCUACACCUACUGUCUAUUCCGAGAUGCGCGAUCUACGCUCGGAACCCGACCUCGAAGCGGGCCACCACUCACGCCGCUACCGCGACCGCGACGUUCGCCAAUACAAAAAAGAAAAGGUCGCAAGAGUAGGCGGCCUCAACCGCGUCGCCGACUCCUCCCGCUACGACAGCGAACGCUCCGAGAUCAUGACUGAAAGCGCCGUCUCCGACAACUCUUCUCACCCGAUCCUCCCCAAAUCCGACCGCCAGGCAGAGAAAGACCGCGCGGAGCGUAAAGCACGUGAAGAAGCCGCCCGCAUGGAACGCCGCUGGAAACGCGAAGCCGAAGCCGCCGCUGCAGCACUCGCUCGGGAGAGCGCUGCUCCACGGGCACCACCGCACAAAGCCCAGAGUCCCAGUAAACCCUCCCCUUCACAUGCGCAGAAGAAUAGAAGAGAUCGUUCAGGUUCGCCGAAGAAGCGCGAUUUCUCAUAUAACAAUGGUCCCGAGUCGGAGAUUCUCAGCACGGCAUAUACGCAGAGCACGAGCGGGACGCGGACGGCGAGUUACUACGACGAGUACCGCCCGAGAGCGAGUGAGAAUCCGAGGUAUUCGACCGAGUAUGGCAGGAGAACGAGUGGGUCACCGACGAAGAAGAAGGCUGGUGGUGGUGGGGCGAGGAGCGGCGGGUACAGACGCGGCGGACAGGACAGUGACUUGGAAUGA